AAAACAAGACCUCAGAAGCUCUCUUCUAGUGGCAGCGAAAUGUGGAUCAGGCUUAAAACAAAUGGAUACAGGUCAAUCAAGUUUAAGGCAACGUAUAAGGCUGUGAGAGGUAAGACUGGUUGAUAUAAAUACUGAGUAGAGAUUACCAAUUGCAGGUAUAAUGCUACGAGCAGAUAGUUUAAAUUUAAGUUUAAUAAUACUUUGUCAUGCUAAUACAAGUAAAUAAAUAAUAUUACAGAAAAUACAAAAAGUGCAUGACUGGAGAAUAAUUGGGGGAAACUAAAUUUCCAUACAAAGAAUAUCCUCCGAUAUUAAACAUACUAGAACUUAAGAAGUAAAAUUUAAAUGCGGCCCAAAACUAACCUGAUUACAUUGCAUACUUGUCACUCAUGAGUUACACCUGAUUUAAAAUUGACACAAAUGAUCCAAUAGAUACGACUUAAAACUGCUUAAUGAAGGUGCGUGCAUAAUGUUCGAUGGAAUACUAUUCCAGCCUGUUAUAUAGCGAUUGAAAAAUGAACAUUUAAAGUAAUUUGUUCGUGUCUUCUUAGUUCUUAUCUUAAAAUUAUGGUUCCUACGCGUUUUCGCUAAUACACUAUGUUAAAAUAGAAAAAACAUGUGAGGAUGCAUGCUGAGCAGUAGGCACCAUUUGAGAAUCGAUGUUCUGACGUACACUUUUUGCUGAUCACAGUCCCCUUCAUUGGGUCAAUUAAUAGCCUGUAGAGGACUUCACGAGAGUCCUAUAAUCACAAGUCUAAGGUCUUAAAGUCAUACGAAAAUGAUUUGAAACUGUUUGCGCGCAAUAAGAGUGUUACGAUUUAUAUUUAAGUCAUGCGAUGGCACCUCUGUCCAUUUUGGCUGAAAAUCAUCCCGACAAACAAAAAAUCGAGAUUGUAACGCCUGAAUAGCGACAGGACACCCAAGGAAGCACAGGAGACCCAAAUAUUGGUGUGCUGAUCUCCAGGGGGCCGAAGCAACAAUAAUUUACAGGAUCACGGUAAUCAAAUUACUUUCUAAUGAGCCACGUUGCUAAUAAGAUCUAAUAACCACCCAGGUUUUAUAAAUCUCAAGUGACGUCUAACGUCUGAUCUGUAAUCCUUUCAAACUCUUUAUUUUUACGGCAGACGUUAUUUAACAAUUCAAGAUUGGACGAGGCUGAGCAAAAAGGCCUGAUUUGUCAGUGGCGAGCAGAUCAAUUCUUUGCCGAAGCCGAAGACUGAGGCAAAUAACUGAUCUGCGAGAUCAACAAUCGAGUUGAAUAAUCGUUUUAUCAUUCGAUGACCGCGCUUGGUUUUUAACGAAUAUCUUCGGGAAGGGAAGCGAUCUGCCAUUCACGUGAAGAGCGAUCGCAAGAAGAAGAAAAUUAUGGUAUCAUUUACCCAUGACCCUUUUUCGGGGAGGGGCGACUGUACACAAGUUGUGCGCUUGGCAACAGCAUUCGAUAUGAUUUGAAAAAAAAAGGCCAAGAAUUCAUUUCUCGUGACUAUACAACCAAUUGUCACGAAACAAGCAACUUAAGAGAAGUGGUGAAAUCCAUUUUUAUUGACUGACUUAAAACUAAUUUAGCAUUUAUGUACUUUUUCCAUGGCAGAUUCUCCAUCCACUUUGCUUGUGGUAGCCGGUGUGUCAACUAUCGUUGGUCUAAUGAUGACUUUAUUAUUAUUGACACUCUACCUGAAAAGAAAGCGAAGAAGUUCGGAUGAAGAGAACACUUCUCUCGCUGGAUCUCAGAACCAAGAGAGCGAACAGAACUGUACUGCUUGCGGUACAUCCAGAAUACCGUGUGAAAACAUUACGUUCACUUCAGUGGCAGCUGAAAACUCGGCUGGGCGGAAGGAGUCACUUUCCGAGCAUGAACUUGUGAUUAGUAGUCGAGGAAAUGAAAAAACACGAACACAGUCACUUGGGGCCUACGCGCAAGAAAAUCUAGCACCUGUUGUAGAAUAA